CCUGCUGAGGGAAACAUUAGAUAAACAUUAAACCCUUUUUCCGCUCUGAAGCAGGCCAACGACAAAGCUAGCAAGCCGUGGCAACAUUACGAGUUCUUUGAUCAAACACGUACCCUCCACACAAAACCAUGGGAGUUGAUAAAAGACUUGGUCGAAGUGAACGUAGUGGAAGAUAUGGUUCAGAUGGGAGGAGAGAUUAUCCAGAAUGGCAUGAAAGACGAGGCAGAGAUAUGGAGAGGGACUAUGAUCGGCGUUGGAGUGAUGAGAGACAGAGAGACGGCAGAGACAGUCCAGAGCAACAGAGGGGUCGAAAACGGCGGAAUAGUGACAGAUCCGAUGAUGAAUAUGAGGGGGAUUAUCCAGAUCAGGACUAUAAAAUGGAUCAGGACGAGGAGAGCAAAACUAUCAUGCUGAGGGGACUCUCUCUUCAGGUCACAGAAGAAGACAUCCGCUCAGCACUCGAGCAGCUGCAGGGUCCCCAGCCUGUGGACAUCCGAUUGAUGAAGAAAAGGACAGGUAUAAGCCGAGGUUUCGCCUUCGUGGAGUUUUAUCACUUGCAAGAUUCUACCCGAUGGAUGGAGACCAAUCAGAAUGAGUUGGUGAUCCAAGGGAAAAACAUUGCAGUGCACUACAGCAACAGGAGACAGAAGUUUGAAAACUGGCUUUGCAAUGCAUGUGGCCUGUACAAUUUCCGGAAAAGGCUGAAGUGUUUCAGGUGUGGAGCAGCCAAAGUUGAUGGGGAGCCGGUGGCACAAAAUGGUUUGAGUGCUGAGGUUCAACAGCUGGGGGAUUACAAUGGAGACACAAUCAUUUUGAGGAACAUUGCUCCUCUUUCCACUGUUGAUGGAAUAUUGAGCAUUUUGGCACCCUAUGCUAACCUGUCCGCGGGCAACAUCCGCCUCAUCAAAGACAAGCAAACAGGACAGAACAGAGGCUUUGCCUUUGUUCAGCUCUCAUCCCCCUUGGAGGCUUCUCAGCUGCUCACGAUUCUCCAGAGCCUUCAGCCACCUCUAAAACUGGAUGGAAAAACAAUUGGUGUGGAUUAUGCCAAGAGCGCUAGGAAAGACUCAGCACAGCCUGAGGGGGUGAGAGCCAGCGCUCUCUCUGUGGCCAGCACUGCCAUUGCUGCUGCUCAGUGGUCAUCCAGUCAGUUACAGCAAGGUUCAGGGACCAGCUCUGACUACAUCGCCCCUCCAGAGGCUUACUUCCAGCAGACACAAGAACAGAAUUAUCAGGUGUGGCAGCAGCAGCCUGAAGGACUGGCCCCUGUCAUUGGAGAUGGAUUACUGGGAGCUGCUCCAGGAAUAAAGACUCUGAUCCCUGCAGCCAUACCAGGUGUGGUCCUAUCCCAGGCGGCACAAGUUUAUCAACCUGGCAUUAUGAGCCAGCCAGCUGUACAGUCACAUCAAGCUGUGAGGCCUGUUGAUGCGGCGCAGCAGACUGCAAGUGUUUGCGCUACACCACUGGUAGCACCAUCAACUUCCACUGCUGCAGCUACUGUCAGUGCUGCCAUGACUGCUAACACAACAGCUACCCCUGAUACCUCUACAUACCAGUAUGACGAGGCUUCAGGGUACUAUUAUGACUCCCAGACCGGCUUGUACUAUGACCCCAACAGCCAAUAUUACUAUAACUCUGAGACGCAGCAGUACCUCUACUGGGACAGUGAGAAGCAGCAAUACGUUCCCGCCCCUCAAUCUGACUCAAGUGUGGAACAAGCUAACGCAGCGGCUGGUUCUUCCUCCGCAAACAGUAAAGAGGCCAAAGAGAAAAAAGACAAGCCUAAAAGCAAGUCUGCACAGCAGAUAGCGAAGGACAUGGAGCGUUGGGCAAAAAGCUUCAAUAAGCAGAAAGAGAGUUUUAAGGGAGGCGCUCACGGAAUUGGAGCGUCCAGAGACGAGGAGAGGAGAGAGUCUGCAGCUGCUGAUGCAGGCUUCUAUCUCUUUGAGAAGAAGCAAAUGGGAGGCUUUGAGAUGGCAUCCCUCAUGGCUGAGCAAUUCAAGAUGGCAGAGCAGGAGACUUUUGCCAAGAGCAGUGUGGUUGCUGCUUACAAUGGAGACAGUGACACAGAGGAGGGAAGCUCAGAUAGAGCGGGGGAGGAAGAUGGAAAAAUAACAGACUGGGAGAAGAUGAUUUGUUUGCUGUGUCGACGGCAGUUCCCCACCAAAGAUACUCUGCUGCGUCACCAGCAGCUUUCCGACCUCCACAAGCAAAACUUGGAGAUUCAGAGAAGAUCAAAACUCACAGAAGAUGAGCUGGAGGAGCUAGAGAGGAAAGAGAGUGAGCUGAAGUACAGAGACAGAGCUGCAGAGAGAAGGGAGAAGUAUGGUGUUCCUGAACCUCCUGCACCAAAGAAGAAAUUUUACAAACCACCAGCCCCCACAGUAAACUAUGAGCAGCCAACAAAAGACGGCCUAACGAGUGAUAAUAUUGGGAACAAAAUGCUGCAAGCGAUGGGCUGGCAGCAGGGCAAAGGUCUGGGACGCCACCAGCAGGGCAUCACUACUCCCAUUGCGGCUUCAUUAAGAACCAAGGGCACAGGCCUGGGCAUUAAAGGAAGCGCAUAUGAACUGUCAGCAUCUGACACCUAUAAGGAUGCUGUACGUAAGGCAAUGUUUGCACGCUUUACUGAUACAGAGUGAACACAAGAGAGAUAUGUUAUCAUACUUAAAUAGGGGAUUCUUUUGGGGCCAUAUUAUCUGUGAAAGGAAAAGAGAGUAUGUUUUUUUUUCCUCCUGUAAAAAACUUGAACUGAAAUUUCUAUCCCAUCAAAGUGUAUAGAAUUUAGUUUUAUUUUGUAUAGCUUGAUAUCUUGUCAGAAUGUGUUCAGCUGAUGAACAUGUCAAUUUUGUUGAUGUGUGUGUAAAAAUGAUUUGGACCAACUGAGGCUUUUGUUUCUGUGAUGGAGAGAAUUCAUGUGAAAAUUAAACCAACCUUUGUGCUUUA